GGCUUGGCAGACUUUCUAGUCAGCAUACAAACAAUUGCACAAAGUUCAGUCAUUCAUUCCGCAGCCUGCCCAUCUUAAAUCAAGACCUCUCAGAUUUAAGCUGGUAUGCAAACCAUUGUGCUGUUGGUGUUGUGGGUACUGGGAACAUCACUGGUGUUGCCAGACCCCGACACAGCUGGAGAGAAAGUUGCCGAAGAGCCUAUUCCAUGUUCUAAGGGAUGCACCUGUCUGCCUGAUGACUACAGCUUGGAGCUCAACAUGUACUGCAGUGCUCGUAACUUCACACAAGUCCCAUCUGACAUGCCCACAUCCACUCAUUCUCUCUGGCUGGAUGGCAACUUGUUCACCUCACUCCCAGCAGCAUCUUUUAAGGAUCUUACUAACCUGGACUUUUUGAAUUUGCAGAGUGGCCAGCUGGUGACACUUGAUUCUCAGGCUUUCAAGGGACUUAGGUUGCUAGCACACAUUCACCUUGAGCGAAAUCGCCUCCGGGUGUUACCAGGUACAAUCUUCCAGAAUACACCUAACCUUGCUUCACUUAGUCUGCAUAACAACCAGCUCACUCGUAUAGAGGAAAGACUGUUUGCAGGACUCUCACACAUGUGGCUUCUCAACCUAGGCUGGAACUCAAUUGCAGUUUUACCUGAGGCAGCUUUCCAUGACCUGCAAGGUCUACGGGAACUUGUUCUUGCAGGAAACAGACUCGCUUACUUGCAGGCACAGCUUUUCCAAAAUCUUGCUGAGCUUAAAGAGUUGGAUCUGACUGGAAAUUACCUGAAGGUCAUCAAAGCAAAUGUGUUUGUUAAACUCACUAAACUGCAAAAGCUUUACCUGGCCCAGAAUCAAAUUGUGACAGUGGCACCCAGAGCCUUUGUAGGCAUGAAGUCGCUAAGAUGGCUGGAUCUCACAAACAACAGACUGACUUCUCUCCAUGACGACACUUUCUUGGGCCUGCACAGUCUUCAUGUACUGCGUCUUUCCAACAACUCUAUCACUGGAAUUAGGCCCAGGACUUUCCGUGAUCUGCAGUACUUAGAAGAGCUACGACUCAGCUACAACAGGAUCCGUGCCCUGGGGGAAAGGAUCUUUGAAGGGCUUGGUCAUCUGGAGGUCUUAGAGCUUGAGCACAACAAAGUGCAGGAGGCACAAGUGGGUAGUUUCACAGGGCUCUCUCAUGUGGCUGUCAUCAACCUGUCUGGAAGUAGCUUCCACAGUUUGCCAGACCAAGUGUUCAAAGGUCUGUCAAAGCUUCACAGCCUUCAUCUGGACAGAGGUUGCCUAACAAGGAUCACAACUCAAGCUUUCACUGGACUCUCUGGUCUACGAAGGCUUUUCUUGCAGCACAAUAACAUCUCUGUGGUGGAACGCCAGAGCUUUGUGGACCUGGUGGGCCUAUUGGGACUGGACUUGAGUUUCAAUAAGCUGGAGGUUCUCACAACCCAUACAUUCUCUGGCCUCAAAAAUUUGGAGUACUUGCUGCUGUCCAACAAUGAAUGCCGCCAAUUUUUGCAGAAUGGCACAAAGCAGCUACUCCCAAGACUGCGCUAUCUAGACCUGAGAGCGAAUGCCUUGACAAACAUGGUUCCUGAUUUCCCAGAGAGUAUGGAAAAACUUUUGCUGUCUGGGAACCGGUGGAAAUGUAAUUGCAGUGCCCUCCCCCUCAGAAACUACAGCUUGAGGAAUCCAUUGGUGAUACCUCGGCAAGUGGAGACCCACGCAGAGGGUGAAGAGCCUGACACAACUAUCACCAUAUACAACAACAUUACAUGCACCAGCCCACCACGUCUAGCUGGCCAGGACCUGCGGGAUAUUGAUAGUGAACUCUUCCAAAGCUGCUAGACAAACACACACAGAUGUGUUUGGGGAAUUGGUUGAUACGAAGAGAAAGUGUUACCCGUAAUAUUUUCAACAAUGUAAAUUCAUUCAGUUUCUGAUUUCAAAAUUUUAACUGUAAUAUUAAUGCAUGAUUCAAGAUCUUGUUUCUGGAUCUAUACAAUGUUUCAAAAGAUAUUUGAGGGAUGCUAUGAUUUUUUUCCAGUGAAAAGGCCGAACCAAUACUUCUUUUGCUUCAACUUUAUGGAGUUAUAUGUUAAUAGUCAAUGUCUAAUUAUGGGAAAAUGCAAGUACAUUUGGUAAAUUGUCCCCCAUCUGCAGAAAAGGGAGAAUCUGAUGGAUUUUCCUUCAAUCCACUACUUUGAGAUAAUUAAGUUAAUAUUGACGUUCGGAGAGUUAGAUGAACUAUAUAGACCUGAGUUUUAUCACUUUGGGAUAGGGUUACAUGUUUGUAGGAGAUAUAAAAUGGAUGGCUUUAAAUGUGAUGCAUUUAGACAUAUUUUUAAAAUAUUUAAAUAUAUUUUGAAGUUGACUAUUUUUCUAUUAACCACCUGGACCUCCCUUCAUGCCCUUGAACAUAGAAAGUAUCACAUUUGUGAUAGCAUUUUCAUUGCUGUCAUCAUGAGCAUUUUGGGACAAUAAAAAAAAGUGUUUUUUCAGAAACCAUGGCAUAGGCCUGUAUUUUGAAAUGGAUACAUAGGUGGAUUUCUGGGAGCCCUGUAAACCUUAUGCAAACCUUAGAGCAACAAAACUGCAAAUGCAUUUGAUAAAUUUUAAGUUUAAGCCAUUAGGCUAUAAGUCACAAUUGAAUUGAUCAUUUAUGUGACUGGGCUGGUUAAAAUAUCUGUACAACUCAUAAACUAAACUGUCUUCAAGUAUGUUGCAGAUGUGUGUUUGUUGUAGUAAAAAUCCAUGUUUGUCACUUUAAAAAAUACACUGUUGGGAGAAUGCCUUAAAAGCGAAAUAAAUGUUUUAAAACCUG